GUGUCGAACUGAAGACUGAAGUGACGAGGAAGUACUUUUUUUAAAUAGAUAUAUAGAUAAUGCUGCUUUAACUGUCUACUGCCGUGCGGAGGGAGAAGCCAGCCAUGCCCGCCCAACCCCAUGCAAGGGAGCCGGAGGAGGAAAUGGAGGCAGAAGGGGAGUCACAACUCCCUGAGGCAAACGGAGGGGUGGCGCAGCUGUGCGGGGAUGAAAGAGGAGGCGAGAGAGGAGAGGAGGCCAUGGAGGACAGCGCAGAGGAGCGGGAUAGCGACCUGGACGAUAGUGAAGAUGAAGAAGAGGAGGAGGAGAGUUCAGAAAUGGACGAUGAAGACUGUGAGCGGAGGAGAGGGGAAUGUCUCGACGAGAUGCUGGAUCUGGAAAAUCAAUUUCAGGAACUAAAGGAGAAGUUGUUUCGGGAGCGACAGAACCAGGUGAAAGUGAAGCUGGACGAGGUGCUGACGGGGAAGGCCGGAGAAUACAGAGAGCCACUGGUUUCACUGCAGGAGAGCAUGCAGAUACAAACGCAAGUGGCUGGGGUGUACAGAGAGCUGUGUCUGCAGGUGAUCCAACACAAGUACGAGUGUGAACAACAGGGAGCAAUGCAGCACCUGGAGAGCGAGCGGACGUUGCUGGUUGACGCCAUGAAGACAGAACUGCUGGAGAAGAUGAGAAGACUGGAGGAGGACAGACGGAGUACAGACCUCACCUCGGGUACGGCCAACACGACCUCAUCAGGAGCCGUCCGUAGUUUAACUGCCACGAUCAAUGUUUGGACAAAAAACGAGUGGAGCGAUGAGAUGAGGGGCAAGAAGUGUAAACGAAAGAACCUGCUGGGUGGGUCGGAGAGAAGAAAGAAAGUAGCUCUGGUUUCAGGGCCUUUCAUCGUCUACAUGUUGAGAGACAUCGAUAUCCUUGAAGACUGGACGGCUAUCAAGAAGGCCAAAGCAGCACUGCUACCAUCAAAGAAGAAAGUUGAAAGUAAAACGGUGAUAAUACGAGGAGCUGACUGAAGACCAGUGGCAAAAACCAAAAUGCAGACACACACACACACACACAUAUAACACUCACACAUAACAUUCCCAGCUACUUCCACGAACUGUUUUGUACCCUCAAGACCCAGAAGAUUGUUGUGAUGUCAUUUUCCGCACUUUUGACCCUCGGCCACCAACCAACCAUCCGGCUGCUAGUUUGUUAUCCAUUGCUAUUUAAAAUAAGUUCCUAAUGAUGCGACAACCAUGUAUUUAUAGAGUGAUUUAUAUAACAGUAAUUAAAAUUGUAAUCUUUUGUGACACGA